UUUUUAGGUAUCGAAAUUGUAAAACGCGCCCUAAAAAUCCCGUGCAUGACUAUUGCAAAGAACGCGGGUGUCGACGGUGCUGCCGUGGUGGCCAAGGUCGAACAACAAAGCGGAGACUACGGUUAUGACGCGUUGAACAACGAGUACGUCAACAUGUUUGAGCGGGGCAUCAUUGACCCAACGAAGGUGGUGAGGACAGCUUUGGUAGAUGCCUCCGGUGUAGCCUCCUUACUGACGACAGCCGAGGCGGUAAUCACGGAAAUUCCAAAAGAAGAACCGGCGAUUCCGACGGGCAUGGGCGGCGGAAUGGGCGGUAUGGGAGGCAUGGGCGGCAUGAUGUAAACCGACUUAAGGCGAUAGAUGCCAACCAAAUUUUGUAGUCUUCUAUAGGGAAGACUAUACCCGUGACUGUGACUCGUAGCUGUGUUGUCAAAAAAAUUGUUUUAAAUCUUUUGGCCGCGGCGAUUAUUAUUAUUAUUAAUAAUAUUAAUUAAUAGUGUUGUGCCUGGAUGUUUUUAUCGUGGCAUCAUCAUCAUCUGUAGAAAGAACCAUGUGAAAUUUCACAGUUGAUAAAAAAAGACUUGCAAGGUUGUUAUUACGUAGGGAGGGAGGGAGUGCGCGCGCAUCUACUUUUCGGAAUAUGAUUCUCGAUCUGAUAUGCAUUUAUUUGUUCCAUGUAAACGUUAGUAAAUGGGGUUUUCAGUUUUUAUAUACGAUGUGCAAAUUGUUAUGAAUAUAUUUGUUAUAAUUUUUUAA